AUGGGACUCUUCGCAAAGGCGUUCCUUGCAGCUACUGCCGUAGCAACCGUCGGUGCUGUCGACAUUGUCGUCCAGUCUAAUGGAGGUAACCAGACUGGCAAGUUUGGCCACCCUUACGGAUACGGCUUCCUCCAUGAGGACAUCAACAACUCCGGAGAUGGUGGUAUCUACGCUGAGUUGAUUCAGAACCGUGCUUUCCAGUACAGCAAGGCUUUCCCGGUCUCCACAGCUCACUAUUUUCCCAUCAAUGGUGCCAGCCUUACUAUCAACAAUGGCACUCAGCCACUCUCCAAGGCGCUGCCUGCCUCAAUGAAGGUGGCUGCUGGUAACAGCACUGUCGGCAAGGUCGGCUUCGAGAACGAGGGUUACUGGGGUAUUGAUGUCAGGGCGCACAAGUACACUGGGUCUUUCUGGGUCAAGGGCGCCUACACAGGUGCAUUCACAGCUUCGCUGCAGUCGAACCUGACGGACGAUGUUUUCGGCUCUGUCCAGGUUGAGUCCAAGUCUGUUGACUCCGAGUGGACCGAGCACACUUUUGAGCUCACUCCCGAGAAGGAUGCUCCUAACUCGAACAACACUUUUGCUAUCACUUUCGAUCCCAAGGGUACCCAAAGCGGAUCUCUCGACUUCAACCUAAUCAGCCUGUUCCCUCCCACAUACAAGAACCGCAAGAACGGUCUCCGCGUUGACAUUGCCGAGGCCCUUGCCGAGAUGAAUCCCCACUUCCUUCGCUUCCCCGGCGGUAACAUGCUUGAGGGACUCGAGAACGACACCUACUGGGACUGGAAGGACACCCUUGGUCCGCUCAAGGAGCGCCCUGGUUUCCAGGGUGUUUGGGGCUACCAGCAAACUCACGGUCUUGGUAUGAUGGAGUACCUCGAGUGGGCUGAGGAUAUGGACCUCCAGAUCGUUAUUGGUGUCUGGGCUGGCCUCGCGCUGAACGGCGAUGUCACUCCUAAGGAGGACCUCCAGCCUUUCAUUGACGAUGCUCUUAACGAGAUCGAGUUCGUUCGCGGUUCAGUCGAUACUGAGUGGGGUGCUAAGCGUGCUGCUCUCGGCCACCCUGAGCCUUUUGAGCUCAACUACGUCGAAAUUGGUAACGAGGACUGGCUCGCCGGUUUUCCUGAAGGUUGGGACUCUUACAAGGAGUACCGCUUCAUCAUGUUCCACGACGCUAUCAAGGCCAAAUAUCCUGAAAUCCAAAUCAUCGGCUCGUCCGCCACCAGCGAUCCCGCCCCUGAGGGUGCUACUACCGGUCCUAACCUGGUAGACGGUAUCAAGUACCCUGCUGACGCCAUUGGUGACUACCACCCUUACCGCGAGCCGGAUGAGCUUGUCGAGGAGUUCGACCGCUUCGACAAUGACAUCGGCCACAUCAUCGGUGAGGUCGCUGCCACCCACGUCAACGGUGCCACUCCACCUCGCUGGAACGGGCCUCUCUACAAGUACCCUUGGUGGAUCGGCGCUGUCGGUGAGGCUGUCUCUCUCCUCGGCUACGAGCGCAACUCCGAUCGCAUCCCCGGUACUUUCUACGCCCCCGUUCUGAAGAACGAGAACCGCUUCCAGUGGCCCAUCACUCUGAUUCAAUUCACGGCCGACGCCAGGCAGACCACCCGCGCUGUCACCUGGUACUGCUGGAGCCUGUUCGCACAUCACCCUAUCUCUCACACCCUCCCAACUUCCUCCAACUCCAGCUAUGGACCUGUCUACUGGGGUGCUGGUAAGGACGAGGCUCGCAACGGUGCGCUCGUCUGGAAGGGCGCUGUCUACAAUACCACCGACAAUGCCUCGGUUCCUAUCAUCGUUCACUUCGAGGGUGUGCAGCCCGGUGCUAAAGCCCAGCUGACCGUCCUCACCAACUCUGUUGGCGAUCCGUAUGCUUACAACGACCCGCGUACCGGUGUCCAGAUCGUUGACUCGAAGACCACCGAGUUAACUGCUGGUACCAGCGGCACGUUCGAGUUCAGUCUGCCCCAGCUCAGUGUUGCCGUUUUGGACACUGAGGUCACUGGUAACUCUACCGGUGGCUACAAGAAGGCCAAGAGGACACCGGUACCCAGGUAUCAGAAGCGUUGGUAG